ACUUAAUAUUCCGUCAGUCGAAUCAUAGCCCGGAACAACAGCCCCGAAUAUACAUCAUCCCCCUGUGCCCUCCCCAGGUCAUGUCGGACUCCGUCGACAGAGUAUUCGCCCAUGCAUUACAGACCGUUCGGAAGAUACCCAAGACCGGGUCUGCGCGUCCACCGCCUGAGGAUCGACUGAAGCUAUAUGGGCUCUACAAACAGAGCAUGGAGGGGAAUGUGAAUGGGGUUAUGGAACGACCAUCGGGGUACGGAAAUGAAUCGAAGGCCGAAAGGGAUAAAUGGGAUGCAUGGAAUAGCCAAGCGGGACUCUCCAAGACCGAAGCCAAGAGGCAAUACAUCACGACUCUGAUAGAGACGAUGCAUAAAUAUUCCUCGAAUACCCCCGAAGCACGAGAGCUUGUAUCAGAGUUGGAAUUUGUUUGGGAGCAAAUAAAAUCGAACGUCUCCUCCCUCUCCACACCUUCCUCAUCUACUUCCCCAUUUGCUCAACACUCAUCGGCGCUUCUUCCGAUGCCUUCUGGCUCAUAUCCUGAUUUCGGUGGUGAUUCGCAGCACCAUCUUGGCCUUGUCUCCCCCAACCCCUUUGGCGAAGAAGAGUUUGAUGACGAGGACACCGGCAUGGACACCGACCGCCGAAGUAAUCGCAAAUGGCGGCGGCGUGUAGAACAAGCACUGGCCAAAAUGGCAACUGAGGUUGCAGCACUCAGAGAGCAGCUAGAGACUGCUCGCGCCCGGGAGAGGCGUGGAAGGUUACGGAAUUGGGUUCUGUGGACAAUCUACGUCGUUGGGCGGCAUUUGGUUAUUGAGGCCGUGUUUUGGGGGCUAGUAUUUUUAUGGAUGAGAAGGAAGGGUGAUAGAGUUGCGCAGGAUGCGUUAAGACUUGUGAUCCGAUUUGUUAGGGAACGGUUGAAGUUCGGGUCUCUUCGUGGAAAGAAGGGCGUCAAAACUGCCUCAUGAGUUGAUGUUUACAGCAGUCUUUGAUUAUUGAUGGCGUCAUAGGAGUUUCUACUUUUUUUCCACCACCUCUUUUUGAAUUUUAUUUAGUAGACUACGUGUACAUCAACAUGUCGUGAGUUAGCUAGAGCCCUUGGGAUAACACUAGUGGAGAGAUUCCUUCCGGUCUCAGUGUCUAUAGUAGUAAGUUAGGUUGUUAUUUAAUUAGAGUGUAAUUUUCGGG